CUUCAAAAUCAACGUCCGGGGUGCAGCGCUGGCCGAGGACGGGGUGGUUGAGCCAUCCGGGUGAUGGUGAUGAUGCCUUGGCAGCCGCUGAAACAAACGUGCUGUUUCUGUGCAGUCUUAAAGCCCGAGGAUGGAUGUGUCGGUGCACGUACUCGUAAUCCCUGAGAAUGCACGGCUAAUGCAAGUUGUAGAAACUUCUGAAGGGAACACCACAACGAUCGAAGGCAAAAUUAUAGACAAUGUGGAAAUCCCAAGCCCUCCAAAUCCUUCUGGUAACUGUCCUAUUUGUCGCUGGAACUUGAAACACAAGUACGAUUAUAUGGACGUCUUACUGCUAAGUCAGUUCAUAAACUCUAAAGGAGGGAUGAUAUCUCGUAAGAUCACGGGGCUUUGUAACGAAGAGCAUGAAAAGAUUUCAGUGUGCGUGCAAAUGGCUCACCGAGCAGGUUUGCUGCCAGAUCAUAAACCUAAACUUCCUGAAGGUUUUGUUCGCAAACCUAAGCUAAUCCUCAACAGGUACUAUACCAGAUAUCCUAUUGACUCUGUGAGACCCAUUUACAAUAAGGGGAGAAAAUGGUGCAAAGUUCCUAUGCCUAUAUCUCAUCCAAUACUUAAAGAUAAUAUUACUUAUGGAUCAAAGCCCCUUCGUUUUAACCACUGAAGGAGAGUGCAGCUUGAGUUGACAGUAGAUGACGAUCAUUCAAAUCCUGUGUGCAUCAUAGAUGUUUUGUAGAGUCUGGAAGAAACAAAAUGGUUGCAGUUGGUGAUGUUGUUUUGCUGGAGCCUGGGAAGACUAGUUGAACAACCAAAUUGUCAUCUCUAUGGAGGCAUAUCACAUUUUUGUGUAUAUUCCAAUUAAACUCUUGUGAUGAA